GCUCCCGCCUUCGCUCGCUUCCGGUAAUCACCGUUUGCCGCUGCUGCCGCUGCUGCUCCUGGUGCUGCUGAGGUUGCGGGCGGAGGCCGGAGGACCGGGCGGCGGCGGCGGCGGCGGCGGCGGCGGCGGGAGCGGAAGUGCAGCGGACCAAGCGAGCGUGAGCCGGCGAGCUGAGAGCCCAGCGCGCUCUUCCGCCCGCUCGAGGAGCCAGAGCCUCCCGGGUCCCGCCGCCGCCGCCGCACAAAGCCGCGAGCCCGCGCCUGAGCCAUGUCCGCGUCGACAGGCGGCGGCCACCAGCCCAGCCAGAGCCGCGCCAUCCCCACGCGCACCGUGGCCAUCAGCGACGCCGCGCAGCUACCUCAGGACUACUGUACCACGCCGGGGGGGACGCUCUUCUCCACCACGCCGGGAGGAACUCGAAUCAUUUAUGACCGAAAGUUUCUGUUGGAUCGGCGUAAUUCUCCCAUGGCACAGACCCCGCCUUGCCAUCUGCCCAAUAUCCCUGGAGUCACCAGCCCUGGCACCUUAAUUGAAGACUCCAAAGUAGAAGUGAACAACUUGAACAACCUGAACAAUCACGACAGGAAGCAUGCAGUUGGAGAUGAAGCUCAGUUUGAAAUGGACAUCUGAUUGCUGCAGAGUCAAAGGAGGCUGCAGCGCGCAGCCCAUGCGACCUAACUGGGCCAGUAGGAACGCAGUGAACCAAGAAGUGGCUGUUCCCUCUCCCCUCCCUGUAGGUGCCGAAUGGUGGAAGAUGUGCUGCAUUUGACCACAUCUUCCCUUGUCUCCUGCCCCUGCCCAGUUAAGUUUAGGAUGAAAGCCCUUGGAUUACUCUGUGGAACUGAGCAGCUGGUCCACAGAGGAAAGCAGUCCCUAUAGCUUCCCUGGUCGUUUCCCAAGAUUGUUCCUGCCCCCUUCAGAUUCGCCCCAAAUCCAGGGACUCUCUAAGAAGCACCUCUGCUUGGGGUAUCUGGGGAGGGAAGGUUUGGUGCCCGCUGCUCUGCCUGUGCUCUCUGUCUUCCCUCCCUACAUCCCAUUGGUGAUUCAGUGCUGGAUGUGGGAUCUUUAAACCAUUUGGGGGAAUGAUAAACAAUGAGCUGCUUGUCCUACCCCUGGAGGUGUUUGUCUUCAGUACUGGAGCUCAGCUCUUGUACCUACUGCAGCUCCAACUGCAUUCCUGGGACACAUGGCAUCAGCCUUCCUUUUCUCUGGGAAGAAGGCUUCUGUCUUGGAUGUGAUUGUUCAUCUCCCUGUUCCCUUACCUAAUUCAUUGGCAUGGGUAUUCUUAAGCCUUCUCCUGAAGAGACCCUUGGGUGACCAGCUGGUCUUUGCCUGUCUGCCACUCUUCCUCCUGCAUCUUGCAGGCGAGAGUUCUCUUCACUCUGAGAAACCUGUGACUUUUGUCUGCUCCCAGAGCAGUCACUUGAAGUGCCAGUGCUGUGGCCUCUGAAGAGGACUGAGCCACACAGGUGGCCAGCUUCAGUAGUCAUGGUUUAAACCUGGUAGACCUUAGCAGGUUUGCUAUACUGCAGUUUUAUAUUUUGAGUUUAAAGUUGACCCACACACACACCCUCCUUUGAAUCUGCUUUGUACUUGGCUGCCGAGAGAGAAGCAUGGGCUGAAAAAAGUGUGUUCCUCCCCCUUCCUUGCCCUUUUCAGUGUAGUCCAUCCUUCCUGCUUCCCUCCUCCAUCCUUCCUGCUUCCCUCCUCCAUCCUUCCUGCUUCCCUCUUCCAUCCUUCCUGCUUCCCUCCUCCAUCCUUCCUGCUUCCCUCUUCCAUCCUUCCUGCUUCCCUCCUUCAUCCUCCUCCUUCCCUUUUCAAACCUCACUCUCUUUCCUUCUGGUUCUUCCACCAGACCAUUUUCCAAAUCUACAUCAAAGGUACCUCACAUGUUGGUAUCUGAUAAUAUCUGUCUCUUCUCUUACCAGAGGAGAGACCUUUUAUUUUUAAGAUGACUACAGACCUAUUUUUAGAUAAGUUUUCAGUACAAUUUUGAACUACAACUUUUUUAACAAAACAUCUUCCAGUAUUAGGAAGGUUAUUUUAAAAAAACAUAUCCCUAGGCAAGUCUGCUGUCUUCACUGUCCUUUGUGUCUCAUAGUUUCUUCUGAGCGCCUUCCUGUGCUCAGGUUUGGGGGCUCUUUGGAGUGUAGAAUGGGUGGUUUGUGAAACUGGACCAGUCUGCCCUGCUAUGAGUUGUUGACAAAAACUGCAUUCCUUUCCUUUACCUGUUUGCUCUCUUGCUUCUCCUCCCCAACCCACUCUCCUGGUACUGUGGACUGACACAGUGAUCCCAGGAGAGAGACCCUGAUAGACAGGUUUCUGCAUCCGUCCUCCUAAAGGAAGACAGUACAGCAGCCACUGGUGUCCUGGGAGUUUCUGGUUGUAUUGGAUGUCUAUCUAAGCCCUCUUAGUAAGAUUUCAGAUCCCAUUGACUGGGAAAGAAAACCAUUUGUUUUUCCUUUGAACCAUGGAAAGACCCUAUUUUGUGAAGACUUUAGGAAAAAGGAAGGAAGGACAUCUGCAGAACUUGGUUUUGUUUUCUGCUACACAAUGUGAAUAGCUCGGACUGCAACCCUCUGUGACGGUCGCUGUCUCAGGAAUAAGCUGGGUCUCCAAUGUUUGGGAAUUCUUGGAGUCUCCAAGUUGAUAAUCAGAAGAGUUUUAUUUCUUUGUUAAAUGUAUCUGUUAUGUUUUCAAUUAAACUCCAAAUUUUAUUUCCUGGAGUCUUGGGAAAAGUUGUGCUGCCAGUGGCAUGAGCGGCUUGCUCAGGACCUCUGUACCCUGGAGCUUCAUUCUUCAGGAGCAAGGCUCAUGGUUCUUCGCACACUGGUGGUGGCACCCUGUGGACUCUUGGCCCCAGCUGCAGUGAGGAGGUGUGAGUGUGCAGAGCACCUGCUCCCUCAUUGAAUGGGGGUUUGCAGCAGAGUGGCCUCCUGGGCCCACAACUGGGAAGGCUGUUGAGUAGGAUCGAGAAACUUACCCUUUUCUUGCCAUCUUGGGGAGCCUGCAUGUGCACCCCUUCCCCUCAAUCAGAAGACAUAUCUAGUAUUCCUUGAAGUGUCACCUGUAUGGUACAGGAGGCUUUUAGCCUUAUGUCCUCUGCCAGGACCCCUCACUGCUUGGUGCAGGCCUUAUAUGAAGGUCACCACUACCCAUUCUUUGACCUCCAUAAAUCAGCAUUAUAAGAUGAUUGCACAAGACAAGAAAUAAGCUUCCAACAGAAGGCAUCUUUGUGCCAUGCCUCAUGAGCCAUUUUCUAGUAAGCAGGGUCCAGUGGGGGUUACCUCUGGGUGUUCAGAGAAUCUCACAGCUGGAGACCUAAGUGGAGGACAUCUACCAGCCUCCCACCUACCUGAGUGGGACAGCUAUCUUAGUAAGGGUCUGUGCCAUUUCUAUGAAGGAUAUGUGUCUGCGCUUGGGACAGUCAACCUCCAUGAGGAAGAACCUCCAGCCCUAGCAGGGGACACACCAGCAGUGCCCUUCCUUCUGAGUUCCCAGCCCUCAUGUUCUGCUGAAGUAGGAGUUUCCUUGCCUUCUCCAGGGCACUGGAGUGGAAAAGCUGGCUUCUAAGCAAAAGUUUAUAUGAGUUGUCUACUGCUGUGUAACAAAUUACCUGCAAGCCUAAUGUCUUAGAGAAGUGAACACGACCUGUUGGUGUCUCUGAAACAGGGUUGGGGACUGCUUAGCAUGGGGCUUUAGCAUAGGGUCUCAUGAAGACGCAUCUUGGUCACUCCCCAGAUGGGUUUCUGUUGGGUAGGUAUCAUGCCAUAGCACCUGGCUUCCUCCUGAGUGACUGACCCCAGAGAAGGGGGUAGAUAAGAAAGUUGCAGUGCCUUUAAACCACCAUGCCCGUAACAGGAGGAAAGUAGUCCUCAGGAAAGUGAGGACAGCCACAGCCAUAAGCUGGGUGCACAUUGCUAUCAAAACAGCCCUGUAAGGACCAAACUGAGAUAAAAGACAGACUUCUCUUUCCCCCAAAGCUACCCGUUUGUCUUAAGAGAAGUGGCAGGAAAUGAAGAUUACCAGAUCCAUUGCAUCCUGUCUGCCUGUCUUCUCAAGAAUGCUUGCAUUUGCAAGGUUCUGAGGUUGCCUCUUUAAGCGUCAUUUACCCCUCUGUCUUUAGUCCAGAAUUGACAAAAGGAAUUGGGGGCAUGUCUGUGCAGCCACACAAGCUUUUUUUUUAACUGGAGCAGGGCUUGCCAGAUAGGAAGCAAAGGAUGUUGGAUGUUAGGUUCUUGAGCUGCAAAACAGAAAGCAGUUCAUGGCCAGGUGCUACCUGAGUCUGUGCAUUGGUCAAGGUGUCCCACCCAGGGCAACUUCUCCUUAAGCCAGGGGCACCUGAGAAUGCAGAUGUCUAUAUGUGCUUGAUUGCCAUGGUCAGUGCAGCAUGCUAAGUAGCCCAUUGCCUCCUGGGCAUGUGCUCUUAAAAAGCAGCAGUCUUGUUUUCACCUGUAGGAGGAGCUUAAGAGGUAGCUCAGAUCUCAUGGAAUGUCUGCUUGUUCCUGCUAGCCAUUCUCCCCAUCCUUAGAUGGAGGCUCUUGUUUGAAUUGGUGCUGUCUUUUCUAGCAUUUUCUUUUCUGUAGCCAUACUUGUUUAGUAUGUACUUCAGGUACUAGUGGUGGGUGGGUUUCCUUCUAAUCUGAAGGGAGUGGGGGGGAUGGGAGCUCCUGUGUUGCUGUCUCCUUGGGCCUCUCAGACCUUGACAAUUCGGUUGUGUUCCACUGAGAGUCUAUCCAGCCUGCUUGUAUAGACAGACUGCCACUGUGAGUUGGGCACAAGAAUAAAAGACUCAGGUGUUGGCAGCCAUGUUUCAGGGUUGGUAGCUCCUUCCCAUCUCCAUCUUGGGUGCUGGAUGCUUGAGGGGGUGUGGCACCCUUUUUGUUUCCUCUAGAGGAAAGGCACCACUGUCUUCAUGUAGUUCUUUAGUGUGUUUUCUGGACUCCAUGCCCACGGCACCUAUUUAUUAAUGCGCGAAAACCCAAUCACUGACCCAUCCUUACCGUGGAAGGUGGGAUUUGUAGUGGAGGAACACCGUUUCUUCUUGGAAUAGAGGGUUCUGUCUGAACUUGUGAGUAGGGCAUGAUUACCCACAGCUCCUUGCUGGUGACAGGCUUUUAGUGACGGGAAUUUGGGUUCCGGCAGUUGGGGCAGCCCUUCGGUGCGUAUCAUCCAGGCGUGCUUCCUGCUCUGGUAAUGGUUUCCACGUUAGUGGUGGGCUUGAUUGAAGCUAGCUCACAGAAACUUGACUGAAGACUGUAAGGAUGACUUACAGAUCCUUAUCUUUCCAGUUGAUCAAUCAAGAUACCUUCCCUACCCCCUGAAACUGUAGCUUUACCUUAGGCAGGUCCUGGAAGCUGGUUCCUGUUGGCAGAGCUUAACUAUCAAAGUCUUCGGGUGGUCUGUGGAUUCUCUCUGCUUGCUCGGCUCUUCCUGUAGCCCUAGUGGGCCAUACUGUGUGCCAAGUAGGAAAGACUACUGAGCUGAACCAGUUCCGAGUGGAUACAAGCGCCUGUUUACCUGUCUGAGGUACAAGGGUGGCAGCGAGAGGAAGCUCCCACCAGGGCUUCAGACCAAAUGCAGGGCAUUGCAAACAAUUCCGUGAAUCCAGCACAGAAGGCCCAUUCUUGCCUCUAUAUCCCCUUCCUCUCCGUUUCAGUCUUAAAAACUGCCCAGCCCAGGCCUGGGGGUUAUGACUGGAGGAUAGGACAUUGGGGACACCAGCAGGACCACACUGGCUCACGCCAGUGCCUUUGCUCCACUUCAUGGCACCUGGGCCAGCUCCAGAAUGCCUCAAAGAAGACAACGUGAAGAGCCCGUGGACUCCGAUUCCCAGUUGUCCGGUUUAAGAGUCUUGGUGUUUUCUGAUAGACCCCCCUGUUCACUGCUGCAGCCUCAGCCGUGUGGAAUGGAGUUUGAGAGGCUGCCAGCGCUUUCCUUGGUCCUCCCACUUUGUUCCCUUGAUGUGCUGCCCCUCACCUCCCUUCAUUCACUGUCAGCAAUGGUCAGUGGCAGUUUCCAUGCGAUCCUAAGGCAGUCCUGUGUGAGUCCAUGACAGUUCGUUUUCUUACUGUCCUUCCAAGCUGGCAGGUGUUUGGAACAAGGGAAAAAUUCUCACCAACGGUUGCUGUUACAGUUAAAUAAAGACCUUGAAUAUUG